UUCCUAAAAAGUCAUUAUUUAGGUCUKYUAGAGGCUCGUGGGGUGCCACCUCACUUAUUUGGGUCUUUGGGACCAAGGAUGCAUCAACUUUUACACAGAGCUAGCAGCAACAGUUCCAACACAAAAGCACAACAAUAUCUUCAAGGAAUUCAAUCUUCUGAUGAGGGACAGCAACUUCAGGCUGUUAUUGAAAUGUGCCAGCUUUUGGUGAUGGGUAAUGADGAGAGUCUAGCUGGAUUUCCUGUUAAACAAGCUGUGCCUGCAUUGAUUAACCUCCUUAAUAAAGAACAGAAGUUUGAACUGGUGAAUCAUGCAUGCCGUGCUCUUACCUACCUGAUGGAGAGUCUUCCUAGAUCUACAAUGGUUGUUGUAGAGGCUAUUCCUGCUUUUUUAGAAAAGCUACAAUCUAUAGAGUGCAUGGAUGUUGCAGAACAGUCUCUAACAGCACUGGAUAUGCUUUCAAAGAGACAUGGAAAAGCCAUUUUGCAAGCAGGUGGUUUAUCUACCUGUCUUCUAUAUUUGGAUUUCUUCUCUAUAAGUGCACAAAGGUCAGCUUUAGCAAUAGCUGCUAAUUGUUGCUCCAGUGUAGGCCCAGAUGACUUCCAUUAUGUUGCUGAUGCAAUUGAAAUAUUAAGUUCAAGAUUACAGAUACAGGACAAGAAAAGUGUAGAAAGCUGUUGUUUAGCAUUUUCAAGACUAGUGGAUAGCUUUCAAAAUGACAAGAAACAUCUAAAAGACUUAGCUGCUCAUGGUCUUCUUACUAGUGUUCAACAGCUGCUCAUGUUAUUUCCUCCUAUUAUAAGCACUGGAACAUUUGUCAUGGUUCUAAGGAUGUUGUCACUGCUUUGUUCCAACUGCCCUGAUCUUGCUGUGGAUCUUAUUAAAAACAAUAUUGUAGAGACAUUACAGUUUCUGUUGUUUGGUGGUGUAGAGCAGGCUUCACAAGAAAAUGCAGAACUUAUUACAAGAAGUCCUCAAGAGUUUUAYGAACUGACUUGCUUUAUCAGUGAGCUUUUUCCCAAAUUACCACAAACUGGUGUAUUUGCAGUGGAUGCAUUGCUUAACAAAAGCCAGCAAAGAUCGGAGCAUGGUUUAUGGCAAUGGAGAGAUGACAGGGGUGUCUGGCAUUCUUAUUCCUGGAUUGACAGUAAAAUCAUUGAAGCAGCCUAUCAGAGUGGUGAAGAUGAACUUAGCCUUGCCACCAUGGGUCGUACAUAUACAAUAGAUUUUAAUGCAAUGCAGCAGAUCAAUGAGGACACUGGUACAACAAGGCCAGUCCAAAGAUGUAAUGGAUCUGGUGAAUCAAGUUCAACAUCAUCCAGUAAAGCAGACUCAKCAAAAGCAGACAGUAGAAUAGCUAUUCUUCAGRAGGAAACAGAUUUGGACAGCUCCUAUACACACAAGCUGUUUGCCUGUUUAUACAGCAUCUUAAAUUCCUCGGUUGGAAUUGCUAUCAGAAACCGCUGUGUAAACUCCAUUCUUAGAAUGAUUUACUAUGCCCCAGCGGAACUUUUGACUGUGAUACUUAAACAACACCCUAUUUCAAGUAUUAUUGGAGGUAUGCUGCAGUCACAUGACAUWAGGACAAUUGUCAAUGCACUUCAACUGGCAGACAUUCUCAUGCAGAAAUUACCAGAGAUAUUCCAUAUUUCAUUUCGCCGAGAGGGUGUCAUGCACAAAGCUAAAUCAUUGGCUGAUGGUUCCUUCUUAGAAGGUUCUUCAUCACAGUGCAAGGAAAGCAAAAAGUGUUCCGCUGCAGCACCWGUAUUGGCUGGGGAACCAUAUUCCUCUCAUUAUUCUCAUCCAAUACAAGUGUUUGAGAAGCCGCCCUCGCCACCAUCCAGUAGGAUUAGUGAUGUAUUUAGAGGUAAAAGACGAUCAAAACGAAAUCCACGAACAAAAGAAAAAUGUCAAAGUGUAAUGGAGCCAGAUUUGAAAAAGCAAACUGAAAUUGCUCACCUAAGUAAAUCAGGAAGCAUACCUUCAGUGCCUCUUCAUACCAAACCAUCAUUUUUUUCAUCCCUCACAUCAUCAAGAUGGAAUUCCAAAGCAUCAACAUCAUCAUUGCCUUCGUCAUCUGAUGGUUUGCCCAGGGUGGAUGUAAACAAUCUSAGCACAUUGCAUGCACUUAGUACAUCAAGAAUGUCAGACAACAAGGAAAAGAUAAGAGCUUGGAUUAAUGUACAAGCUAUCAAGUUUUGUGCUACAUACUUUGAUGAAGAACAAGGGAAAUCACACCCAGCAUUAGAUGUGCUACAGAAACUUACCACUGCAACAGAAAACCUCACAAUAAAUAAUAAAGAUGACUUAGCUGUGCUUAAGUCUAUCAGAACUGUGUUGUCUGACUCUGAAGACGGAGCAAGUCCUUUUGAGAUUCUUCAUAGUGGUUUAGUACCCCAGCUAUUGAGAUAUCUUUCUUGUCAAACUAUAGAGUUCUCACAGCCUUUAGAGACAAGACUCAAGAGGUUCCUGCAAAUAUUCAUGGAUUUCCCUGAAAGUGGAGAUGUUAAAGAAAUUGUUGUGAAUGAUCCUAAAAAGCCACCUUUAACAGCUCUUGUUGCCAAGCUGCACUCGUGUGUCAAUCAAGUAGAACAGUUACCUGUUAAAGUUCAUGAUGCACCUACUGGCUCUAGUGGAGUAGCAGGAUCAAGAGGUUCGCAGGCAUUGAGGUUCUUUAGUACUCAUCAAAUCAAGUGUCAUCUGCAGCGACAUCCUGACUGUAAGAGUUUAAAGCAGUGGAAAGGUGGUCCUGUCAAAAUUGACCCAUUGGCCUUAGUACAGGCUGUAGAACGUUACCUUGUUGUUAGAGGAUUUGGUAAAAUCAGAGAGUCAGGAGAUGAUUUGGAUGGCAGUGAAGAUGAUGGUUCUGACGAUGAGAUAGAUGAGUCUUUGGCCCUAGAACUUCAGGGUGAAAGCAUGCCUAGGCAUCAUCUUGAGAUAAUGCUGGGUGAUAAAGUGUUACCUUAUAACAUGACAGUGUACCAAGCUGUAAAGCAAUAUGGCCAGAGUGAUGAAGACAAAGAUGCAGAUGAAGACCAAGGUGUACUUGGUAGACCAAGCAUAUGGGUUGGACAACACACAAUUUGGUUCCGYCCACUAGUGCAGAGUAGUGAUUUACUGGGUGGUAAUAAUAAAGUAAGAAAUGGCAGUAGAAACUCCUCCAAGACAUUACUCAGGAAGUCCUCCAAAGAUGACCUGGAGAAAGGACAUUCCAUAUGUCAGGCAUUAACAAACUGUCUUCCUGCUGAUAUCAGAAUCCAAGAUCCAUCAGUUGAUGUGAUUUGUCUCAUGAGAAUUCUUCAUGUUUUGAAUAACACAUGGCCUCUUCUAUUUGAGAAUAAUCAAACUGGACCGUUGGUAUCCAAUAAUGAGUUUAUCAAUGCCAAGCUAUCAGCCAAAAUCCUUAGACAAUUGCAAGAUCCCAUUGCUGUGAUGACUGGGAAUUAUCCAUUAUGGAUUGAGGAACUCCCCAAGAAAUGUCCGUUCUUAUUCCCUUUUGAAUGUCGGCAACAGUUGUUUUUUAGUACGGCAUUUGACAGAGAAAGGGCCAUGAGCAAGCUGCAGGAAAGCGUGCCUGAUCUAAUAAACACAGAAAUGUCUGACCGUGUUGCACCAAGACUUGAUAGAAAAAAGCAUACAGUAUCRCGAAAUGACAUCCUUUCCCAGGCAGAGAAAAUCAUACAAGAUCUGGGUAGUUCACAGUCGAUUCUAGAGAUACAAUAUGAUGGCGAGGUUGGUACAGGACUAGGACCUACAUUGGAAUUUUACACUCUAGUAUCGAAAGAGUUUCAAAACUCUAAUAUGGACAUGUGGAGAGGAACAGCCGUAGCACCUCCAGCUAAUGAAGUAGAUGCCGAGCAAACGUACAUCAGUUCACCAUCUGGACUCUUUCCUGCUCCAGUGCCCAAGAACACUAAAGCAGCCCAGCUUACAAAAUUGCGGUCUAAGUUUCGUUUCUUUGGUCGGUUCCUUGGCCGUGCAGUCCUAGAUUUCCGUAUGAUAGACGUCCCACUAAGUGAAGCAUUUUAUAAGUGGAUGUUAGGUUUAGAGAGUCGGUUUGAUUACAGAGAUCUAGAACUAAUCGAUCCUGUUCUAGCGAAAUCUAUAGGACAGCUGCAAGGUCUUGUUAGACAGAAGAAAAGGCUUGAGGAGGAUAUUAGUUUAACGUCGGAGAGUUUACAGCUUGCUAUUGAGAAUUUGACAUUAGACGGAGCAAGCGUGGAGGACCUAGGCCUUGAUUUUAUUCUCCCUGGCUAUCAUGGCAUCGAAUUGAAGAAGAAUGGUCGAAAUAUACCUGUGACAAUCCAUAACCUAGAAGAAUACAUUAAGUUGGUGGUACAUUGGACGUUCAUUGAGGGGGUGGAAAAGCAGUUCCAGGCAUUCCAAGAAGGUUUUGACUCUGUGUUCUCCUUGACGAACCUGAGCGGCUUUUCACCGCAUGAAAUGGAUUUACUACUGUGUGGAAGUGGAGGAGAGAAAUGGGAGACCAAGGAUCUUGUAGAUAAUUGCAGGCCUGAUCAUGGAUACACUCAUGACAGCCGUUCUAUUAAGAAUCUGUUUGAAAUCCUGAGUUCGUACACUAAAGAGGAACAACGACUAUUCCUUCAGUUUGUGACCGGAAGUCCAAGGCUUCCCGUUGGAGGAUUUCGAAGUCUCAACCCUCCUCUUACUAUUGUACGAAAGACAUUUGAACCUCCACUGUGUGCAGACAAUUAUCUACCAUCAGUCAUGACGUGUGUUAACUACUUGAAACUACCGGACUAUUCAACUAAAGAAAUCAUGACAGACAAGCUAAAAAUCGCAGGAAUUGAAGGACAGAGAUCGUUUCAUCUAUCGUGAUUUUAGCAUUUUUUUCCGAUGUUGAGUUUGGUGCAACUUGGUUGACUAAAAAACUCGAGCCUUGUUCAAAGGCAGUGGCCUUGUGCAAGUUGUUUGUCUAUUGACAACGACUAGUUCUAUAUGAGAGUUUAUAGUGAUCGAGGCGUUUUCAAAGGCUUCUUGUUAUUGUUAGUGUUGUAUGAUAGCUCUAGAAAUAUUGGUAAAGUUAUGAUUAUCAUAAUUAUCAAAAACUUUAAUAAACGUUACAUUUCUCAUCAGAUUCCCUUCGAUUAACUUUUAUUUAUCAAUAUUACAAUAUGAGCCUUGCAGGCAAUUUUAGUAUCGUUACAACACUCGUUUCCUUGAUGAUAUUAAUUCCAAAUAGACGUUAUGCACCGUAUAAGGUUUUACUGUAACAGAUUCUAAACAUUUCAGUUCCGACUCGCAGCACUUUGCAAUCAAGCUCUACGAAAACGCCCACCGUCACAUUUCGUAUUUUCAGAAUUCCAAAUCACAAGAAAAAGUUGUUACGUUAUUUAUAGUACAUUCAUUGGUCGAGAGAAGUACAAUUACAGCGUAAUUGUACUCGCCUUAUAAAAAUUUCUUUUCGGUGAAUGUACUAUAAACAAAAAGUCGCACAACCUCUCGUACAAAUUUGAGGUUGUGCGAUUUCCUAUACUAAUUCAUAAAGGUUUAUAUUUGAUAAAAACAUCRAUUGAUGUCCACUAGUCGUUGGGACAAUUCUGUACAGUAAUGUUGCUGUUAAAACGCUAAAAAUAUAUGUGCUGGAAUAAAGAAUUUCUGUUGGUU